AUGGCAGUGUCGACGCCAUUGAAGAUAAUUGCUGUGCUCGUACCAGCAAUAGCAGUCUUCCUUGCCAUCAGCCAGUCCGGAACCUGGCAAUUAUUAAACGGAAUAAUAAAUCAAGGCAUAGCCGGGUCGGAGCCCCAAACCUACGUGCUCUCUGAUGACCCAGUCGUGGUCUAUGUGAAAGACUUUGUCAGCCAUCAAGAAGCUGCCCAUCUCGCCAAUCUUGCAAACGGGCGAUUCGCGCCCUCACCCAUGUGGGACAAUGACGGCAAGCCUCAUAUCGACAAGGCAUACCGGCUCUCAAUGACAGCAAAAUUAGACCGAACCGACCCCGUUAUUAAAAGAAUCGAAGACCGAGCCCGGUCGUUCCCCUUUUACAAAAACCUGGGCGAUUUCAUGCCAAUCGUCGUGCAAAACUACGGUAUUGCCGGUCAAUAUCGAGACCACUACGACUGGUUCGACGACCGCCACGCCGUCGGCGGCAAUAUCGUGUCUACGUUUUUUGUGUAUAUUCACUCGAAUUGUACCGGAGGGGGUACGAAUUUUGCGCGUUUGAAUCCCCCUUCUUCGCUGGAUGAGGAAGAGAGGUGGUGCGAGUUUAUCGACUGUGAUCGUCCGCUAGACGAGGGUGUGACGUUUAAGCCGAUUCUGGGGAAUGCAAUCUACUGGGAGAAUCUGCAUGCGGACGAUAGUGGACAUGUUCGCACUCUUCAUGCUGGCAUGCCUGUGACGUCGGGGAAUAAGAUGGGGAUGAACAUGUGGACAUGGAAGACGGCGUAG